CCAAACAAAUGUAAGCUUCGGUGGCCCUCAAAACCCAACAACAACAGCAACUGACUUUGCCCCCAAGAUUUCUUCUAGAAAAAUAAGUAAUUACGUAUAAAAAAUUAGUCUUCAUGAUUUUUGGAGUCUUAUACACAACGAAGACAUCAACUCUUAUUAUAAAUAUUGUGUUACUGGCAUUAGUGAUCAUCUCGUGGACAUACACAAUAAUAGCUGGUGUGGCCAUUGCUCGCCGUCAGCUGGGGGCCAUUGAGUCAUUUGCUGAUCAACAGACUUGAAGAUGGGAAAAGGAAAAGACAAAAAUUUAGGUAGUCCAAAGAGAAGUGUUGAUAGUCCAAAAUCACCUAAAAUGAGAGGUAGUGAGUCAUCUCCUUCCUUCCGAAGGGAUCAGGUAUUAAGACUUGAUCCACUACCACCAAUCAGUGUCACACCAUAUCCUCUGUCAACUUCUACGGAAAUGGCCAUGGCCAUGAGUUCAGAGGCACAGGCAUUACAGGAUAGGGUAAAGGUGUUGUCAGAUCUGGUCCGGGAGCUGCAGAAAGCCAGGGAUGAUAAUAUUCCUCACAUGAAUUCUAUUAAUGCUCUCUCUGACAAAAUUGUCAAUGAAGAAAAAUUGACUGUUUCAAAUCGGACAAAGCUGAAAAUGAUGUACGAGAAAGCGGUAGGUGACGCAGAAAAAGAAGUGGCGCUUGUAAAAAAGGCCCUCGCCACUGUGUAUCAGAUUCGCAACAUCCGUCAUGAGCUUCGUAUACAGGCUAAGAACUCGGGAAAUAAAGAAACUAUCCGUCGUGGUGCCCUGAUGAAGAUGUUACUGAACUGUGCUCAGACAUUGCCACUUUGGAUUGGUAAUACAGGGGAGAAACCACCUCCAUUAUGUGGGGCCGUUCCUCCAGAACAGAAUUAUGUUGCUAAGGUGAACGACAUGGUAGCUUGUCUAGUAAGGGGUAGUGAAGGAGAGGACAACUGGAUCCUGGCAGAAGUUGUUAGCUACAACACUACCACAAACAAGUACGAGGUUGAUGACAUUGAUGAAGAACAGAAGGAACGUCAUACCCUGAGUCGUCGUAGAGUUUAUCCUCUCCCACUGAUGAGAGCCAACCCAGAAGUAAAUCCAGAAGCUUUGUACCCUAAAGGUUCUAUUGUUAUGGCUCUGUAUCCCCAAACCACUUGCUUCUACAAGGCAGUCAUCAAUCGGCUGCCCACAUUAACAACAGAAGAAUAUGAAGUGCUGUUUGAGGACCCUACUUAUGCAGAUGGUUUCUCUCCACCAUUGAUGGUUGCACAGAGAUAUGUUAUACAGAUUAAGGAAGUCAGUAAGAAGAAAUGAAUUUGUGAUAUCAGAAAUGCUGUAAUAAAAUCUUAAACAUAUAAAAUUAAUUUGUUUUCAACAUUUAGCAUAAAGAACAACAACAGUUUUACUGUAGUUAAGGAAAAUAUUAUCUGAGAAAUAUUACAGUACAGGCAUUAACAGCAACAUCCAAAUUAAUGUAUGUGUACACUAAAUUUGUUGUGAGAAAAAAAAAAAUUGCCCUGAAUAAAAUAUUCUUGAA